ACGCCCCUAGAACCUGGCAGCCCCUACUGCCCCGUUGCCUUCGGCUUCCUCCACCUCGCAAGGCGCGGGGUAUUUCUCAAGAGCCCCAAAGAGGCAUGGGGGACAAAAAGCUUUGAAAAAAGAGAAGGUGUGGCAGAGUGGCCGCUGUUUUGUCAAGUGGAUACAUCAACCCAAAGUCUAAAGGUGAGAUCAUACAUGUACAUCUCAGUGCAGUUGUUUGGGAGAAAAGAACAUGAUAUCAAUCCCUCCUGCGUUAUGACACUAAUAUCAUUUUUUAAUCUGUGUGUAUAAAAUUAAGUAGGGUCAAAGAGAAGCUGGUAGGGGUAUUGAUAAUAUCUUUCUGUUUUUGUGUGUAAUGAUGUGUCUUUUUUAACAUUUUCAUAUUCGGCAAGAACAGGUCGAUCGCCACCAGCUGGGCAGACUGUUCAAAACUAGUGUUUUGGAUGCGGGUUUGGAUGGGAGGGAUUUAUCCCACAAAUCUUAUACAUCUGUACGUAUAGCCGCAACUUUCAUCGAAUUUAAUGGCCCUACCGAGUUCUGGACUUGCGCAAUUGUGAAAAAGUUACAUGUGGCAGCUGCAAUCAUUCCAAUCCUAAACGCACAACGUUACUCUAGUGAUUACAAUUAACGAUAGCAAUCGUUUAUGGAUUUCUCUCCACCAGUUCCAUGCAACUAACCCUGCAGAUACUAAAAGGGUAUCAUAACGGUCAAUAACUUACAUUAAUAAAAAUUGUAAUGCAUAAGUUACUCACAUAACUUACUUGGGCACACCGGAUUUCCCAGAUUGACUGUGUAAUCACACUCUUGGUCCUUAUUUUUUAGGGCUUUGCCACAAGAUUUGUCCUUACGGCCGCCAUGGAGAAUGGCGGUCGAUUCGCCGACAACCAGGUGGACCAGCUUCGACGCCUGGGGGGUGGUCAAUCCAGUCGGGUAUUGUGCACAUAUACAUCAAAAAAAUAA